GCACGCAGGCUACAAAAUGAUGUUAACGUUAUAGAGGACUUAUCAAAGAUAUAAAGAAAGAUAAAGAAAUUGGAUGGCAUUGCUCCUCAUGAUGGUAUUUUGGUUCUUGAUGCGACUGCCGGUCAAAAUACAUAAUUAGAGGCAUUUGCUAAAAUGGUUAGUUAGUGUUACAGGAUUAAUUAUUAUAACAAAGCUAGAUGGUGCUGGGAGGUGUGUUGAUUGGACUUGUAGAAACUUAUAAAUUUACGCGCUAUAGGAAUUGGUGAGAGUAUAGAGGACCUGAGAGAGUUCACUAAUAAAGAAUUUGCUAAAGCGUUAUUCAGCUGUGAU